AUGUCUUUCCUUCAUAAUCAUUCUUGCGAGUGCGUUAAGUCAGAAUUGGAUUUGUUUGCACUACCGUCUACACAAACUAGCAUUGAAAAUGGAUUGUGGAUUCAUUAUAAACCAAUUUCAUCUCUUGGUGAUGAUGGACCUAUCGAGUUUCAAGUUCCUGGGACCGGCGAUGACUACAUAGAUUUGUCUCAUACAUUACUCCACAUAAAGGCAAAAGUAUUAAAUCAAGAUUCAACUAACUUGGUAUCUACUACAAUAGUAGCACCUGUAAAUAAUUGGCUGCAUUCACUUUUUAGUCAACUUGAUGUUUAUUUAAACCAAAAACUUGUAUCACCACCUAAUAAUACCUAUGCAUAUCGAGCAUACAUGGAAACCCUUUUAAACUAUGCCCCUGCUGCUAAACAAUCUCAUCUUACUUGUAGUCUUUGGUAUGAGGAUACAGCAGGAAAAAUGGAUUCUACAGAUGGUAAAAACAUAGGAUUUGUUAAAAGACAGGAAUUGAUUAGUGAAAGUAAGGAAAUAGAAAUGAUUGGUCAUCUUCACGGUGACAUUUUUAACCAAGAUAAAUUUUUAAUUAAUGGUGUUGAAAUGAGUGUUAAAUUGGUUCGAUCAAGAGAGAGUUUUAAUUUAAUUGUUGGGUCGAACGAUGUAAAGUUUAAAGUUUGCAUUACGGACGCAACUCUUAUUGUGCGACGAGCACGAAUUAAUCCAAGUGUAUUACUCGCACAUCAAAAAGUUUUAGCUUCUACCACUGCUAAAUAUCCUAUUACUCGAGCUGAAGUAAAAGUUUUAACAAUUCCUUCAGGUGUUCAAGGAAAAACUCUUGAUAAUAUAUUUUUAGGACAGGUACCGAAAAGAUGUAUAAUUGGAUUUGUGAACAAUUCUGCAUUUAAUGGUUCCCUUACUAAAAAUCCAUUUAACUUUGAAAACUAUGGUAUUAAUUCUUUCAGCUUAUAUAUUGAUGGUCAACAAAUACCUUCAAAAGCUUUGCAACCAUCUUUUAAUAAUAGCAUAUUUACAUCAGCAUAUCAUACUCUAUUCUCGGGAACUGGUAUUCACUUUCUUAAUGAAGGAAAUGGAAUCUCUUGUGAACAGUAUGGCAAAGGUUACUGUCUAUUAGCAUUUGACUUAACUCCUGAUUUAUCAGCUAACUCAUCAACUCAUUGGAAUCUCAUAAAGCAUGGUAGUGUAAGAAUAGAAGUACGAUUUGAGUCCUCAUUAAUACAAACAAUUAACUGUAUAGUUUAUGCUGAGUUUGAUAAUAUUAUUGAGAUAGAUAAAAACAGAAAUGUUACUGUAGACUAUAGUAGUUAA